UCCAGCGCGGGCGGCUGCAGCCGGGGCGCCAAGCCAUGGGGAGCCCCCGGGCCGCGCUGCUCCUGCUGCUCCUGCGCCCGGUCAAGCUGCUGCGGAGGCGCUUCCGGCUGCUGCUGGCGCUCGCCCUGGUGUCCGUGGGGCUCUGGACUCUUUAUCUGGAACUGGUGGCGUCGGCCCAGGUCGGCGGAAACCCCCUGAACCGGAGAUAUGGCAGCUGGAGAGAACUGGCCAAGGCUCUGGCCAGCAGGAACAUUCCAGCUGUGGAUCCAAAUCUCCAGUUUUAUCAUCCCCCAAGGCUGGGCCCCCAGGACCAAGACUUGGAGCGAGGUGGGAGUGGUAAUAGCAGCUACCUGAAGUGGAAUAAGCCUGUCCCCUGGCUCUCAGAGUUCCGGGGCCGCGCCAACCUGCAUGUGUUUGAGGACUGGUGUGGCAGUUCCAUUCAGCAGCUCAGGAGGAACCUCCACUUCCCACUGUACCCCCAUAUUCGCACCACCGUGAGGAAGCUGGCUGUGUCCCCAAAAUGGACCAACUAUGGCCUCCGCAUCUUUGGCUACCUGCACCCCUUCACCGAUGGAAAGAUCCAGUUUGCCAUUGCUGCAGAUGACAACGCUGAGUUCUGGCUCAGCCGGGAUGACCAGGUGUCAGGCCUUCAGCUGCUGGCCAGUGUGGGCAAGACUGGAAAAGAGUGGACCGCCCCUGGAGAGUUUGGGAAAUUUCGGAGCCAAAUUUCUAAGCCAGUGAGCCUGGCGGCCUCCCAGAGGUACUACUUUGAGGUUCUGCACAAACAGAACGAUGAGGGCACAGAUCAUGUGGAAGUUGCGUGGCGACGGAAUGACCCUGGAGCCAAGUUCACCAUUAUUGACUCCCCUUCUCUCUCCCUCUUCACAAAUGAGACAGUCCUAAGGAUGGAUGAUGUGGGCCAUAUCCCUCAGACAGCAGCCAGCCAUGUAGGCUCCCGAGACUCUAUUCCCAGAGAGGAGCCACCCCUUGCAGACAUGCUGCGGCCUGACCCUCGGGACACCCUCUAUCGAGUGCCUCUGAUCCCCAAGACUCAUCUCCGCCACGUCCUGCCCGAUUGUCCCUACAAACCCAGCUACCUGGUGGAUGGGCUCCCCCUGCAGCGCUACCAGGGACUCCGCUUUGUGCAUCUGUCCUUCGUUUACCCCAAUGACUAUACCCGUCUGAGCCACAUGGAGACCCAUAAUAAAUGCUUCUACCAGGAAAACUCAUACUACCAGGAUAGGUUCAGCUUCCAGGAGUACAUCAAGAUUGACCAGCCAGAGAAGCAGGGGCCAGAGCAGCCAGGCUUUGAGGAAAGCCUUCUAGAAGAAUCCCAGUAUGGAGAAGCGCCAGAAGAGACCCUUGCCUCCAAUGUUCAGGAUGCCAGGAUGCCAGAGGGAAGACAAGUGCCUACCUUUCCUCCUGGGCAGGAUGUCACUGACUACCACCUCCGGAAACUCCUGGCUCAGCCCCGGGAGGGUCUGCUGGCACCCUUUUCCAAGCAGAACUCCACAGCUCCUUUCCCUGCAAGGACUAGUGAUGUCCUAGUCCAGCAGCCAGAGGAGAGGGAGCGAAGACCCAGCCCUGAGCCCAGCCAGGAUCCAUCUUACUCUCAAAAGUGGCUCCCAGGGCAUCUGGCAGAGAAACUGCCUCCUGUCAAGGGGCCCAGGCCCACUAAUGACAGUCCUAGGAAAACUCUAGGGCAGUCCCAGUGGCUGAAUCAAGUUGAGACAUACAUCGCAGAGCAGAGAAGGGGAGACAGGAUGGAGCCCCUAGCCCCUAGGAGGGGUUGGCAUGGCAAGGAAGAUGUCAUGGUUGCUGCAGGCCAGGAAGGACAGGUGGAAGGAGAAGAAGAGGGGGAAGAAGAGGAAGAGGAAGAGGAUAUGAAUGAGGUGUUCGAAUACGUGCCCGUGUUUGACCCAGUGGUAAACUGGGACCAGACCUUCAGUGCUCGGAACCUUGACUUCCAAGCCCUGCGGACUGACUGGAUCGAUCUGAACUGUAACACGUCUGGCAACCUGCUGCUUCCGGAGCAGGAGGCUCUCGAGGUCACACGGGUCUUCCUGAAGAAGCUCAACCAGAGGAGCCGGGGAAAGUACCAGCUACAGCGCAUUGUGAAUGUGGAGAAGCGCCAGGACCAGCUACGCGGGGGUCGCUACCUCCUGGAGCUUGAGCUGCUGGAACAAGGCCAGCGCCCAGUGCGGCUCUCCGAGUAUGUGUCUACACGAGGCUGGCAGGGCAUCGAUCCAGCUGGUGGGGAAGAGGUCGAGGCCCGAAACCUGCAGGGCCUGGUUUGGGGCUCAAACAACCGCCGGAGACAUGUCUUGAGUGUCCGGGCCCCGGAGCCCAAACUGUGUUGGCCCCAGGGCUUCUCCUGGAAUCACCGAGCCGUGGUCCACUUCGUUGUGCCUGUAAAGAACCAGGCGCGCUGGGUGCAGCAGUUCAUCAGAGACAUGGAAAAGCUGUUUCAGGCCACCGGCGACCCACACUUCAAUAUCAUCAUCACUGACUACAGCAGUGAGGACAUGGACGUCGAGAUGGCCCUAAAGAGGUCCAAGCUUCGAAGCUUCCAGUAUAUGAAGCUGAGUGGAAAUUUCGAGCGCUCAGCUGGGCUUCAGGCUGGCAUAGACCUGGUGAAGGACCCUCACAGCAUCAUCUUCCUCUGUGACCUCCAUAUCCACUUCCCAGCCGGAGUCAUCGAUACCAUCCGGAAGCACUGUGUGGAGGGCAAGAUGGCCUUCGCCCCCAUGGUGAUGAGGCUGCAUUGCGGAGCCACCCCCCAGUGGCCUGAGGGUUACUGGGAGGUGAAUGGGUUUGGACUGCUCGGCAUCUACAAGUCAGACCUGGACAGAAUCGGCGGCAUGAACACCAAGGAAUUCCGAGACCGCUGGGGCGGGGAAGACUGGGAGCUGCUGGACCGGAUCCUCCAAGCGGGCCUGGAAGUGGAACGUCUCUCCCUCAGGAAUUUCUUCCAUCACUUCCAUUCCAAGCGAGGCAUGUGGAACCGCCGCCAGAUGAAGAUGCCGUGAUCCCAAGGGGCGGCCCGCUGGACUGACUGCUUCCUGCUCCUUGACUUGUGCUGGCUCCCCAGUGCCCCUGCUUGCCGCUGGGGGGUGGGGAAGGGGGGCAGAAGCCAUGGCUGAGCCCCGAGAGGCCUCAGAGCUAACACCGUCACCACCCAGAGCUGUUGCCUCACGCAGACAGCUGCCAAGGCCCCUCUCUCUACCCUCGGGGUCUCUGAAGGGAGGACCUUGGGAGAGGGACCGAGAGGGGCCGUUCACUCGUUGACAGAGAUGGACUGGCCUCUGGGAAAGGCAGCACAGUGCAGCCAAGGAAGGAAAGACCUGUUUGAGCGCUGCUGACCUAUCCGUGAGGUGCAUUCCAGCACCCCCCACCAGGCUCCUCAUGGGGAGCAGUGACCAUGACCUGGAAACUCUUCUCUUGGACAUACUCUAUUGGGGUUUUUAUUUUUUCUAACAGAAAACCAAAACUGUACCUGUCCAGACCCAGCCUUGACUGUGAGAGAGGGAUGGAGUCAUGCAUUUAGGGCAUGUCCCAACUUGCAUACCUCAGACCCACUUCUGUGUAGCGCGACGUGUCCAUCAAUUCCUUGGUCUGGCAGCUGAUUUAUAACCAGAGGAGCUGGCACAGCGUGGAUCCGUUCUCAGCUCUACCCCGGCUGUGCCUUCCAGAGACACGCACAUCUCUCCCGGGUAGCCACAGAACAGUUGGCCGCCAAUUAGGGCAUUAACCUUCUCCUCUGGGUGGUGCUAACUCCAGCCCAGCACAGACUGGCAUCAUCAUGGUGCCUCAGCGGGGUUGGGAGACAGAGGGCUGGUGGACCGUGGACCCGUCAUUCCUGGGUGUCUGGCGUAGAGGCGGUGCCAGACCAGCAUGGUGGAGAAGGAGGGAAGAGAAGCCCCCGGCCUGGCCCUGCCCGGCCUGGCCUGCCUGCAGGCUGAAGCUUUGAGGAGAACAUGGAGCAGAGAGGAAAGAGGAUGGAGAUGUAACAAAGCCCUGGGCUUAGACGGGAAGAGGGAGUGGGCAUCCAGCAGGAAGGGGAGAAAGGGAAGUGGGAAAUCGGAGUUCCCCACAGUCCAGACCCCGAAGAGACUUGGCCCCCUUCAGGGAGAUCCCCAGUCCUGGCCUGCCGGGAAGAAGAGGAAGGGGUAUGGACAAGGUGGAGGAACAGGGACCAGGGUGUGGAGGGGCAGGGCCAUGGGCUUGGGGAGGUAAGGGCAUCGCCCUGAGAUCUCUUCCUCAAUUGGAGAAGAGUGGAGCCAGGAGGAACUGAAAAGUGGAGCCAUUUCAGGAAGCUAGCCCUUGGCCUUUGUAAUCUCUGACUGCCCUUUCUCACACCUGCCGAUCACACACUUAGUCUUGCACUAAAAGUCCUCAGGUGCCUUUGGGGCUGGGGAUUUUUCUGCUGCUGCUGCUGCCUCUGCCGCUGUCGCUGGUUUGACCAGUGGUGCAUUGGACACUGGCUCUGGCACUCCAGUCCGUGGAAGGAGGGGAGCCCGGUGCUCGCUGCUGUGAGGAAGGGCUCGUGGGGUUGCCGCGGGGCGCAGGAGGCCAGGCUGCUGAGCCCAGGCUCCAUGCCGUGGUAGAGUCCUAGUCAGCUUUCAGAGCUCCAGGGUCUACCUGGUGGGCCCUGCAUUCACCAAGAGCACACGCUUGGCAUUUAGGAGAAUCAAGCCUUGAGAACCUUCUGGAGGUUGAAGAGAGUUUCAUCCUCCUCUAAAAAAUCAGGAAGGACAAAACUUUACAAUUAAUGGGCUGCGGCUUCUGGAUGCCAUUCCUGCCCCUUGGGCCCUGGCUUUUCACACGGCCCUUGCUCAGGCCUACUGCCUUUGGGAAAGGGCUAUAUGGAAUAGGUAGAACUCUGGUUAGCUGGCUGGGGUGGGCAGCUUGCUUUCUGGGGCCACCCUUGGGCGUGGCAUUGGUAGGCCUGAGCUAACUGAGGCAGCUCUGCUGCCUCCAUGCUUUUAAAGACAGGAGCCAGCCCCGCCUGCCCUGCCCUCCCCUGCCCUGCUCACGACCCCCUCUGACUCUGGCCAGUGCCUUUCCUUCAAUGUUUGUUACCUCCACACCAUCUGCCUUAAGGGGGAGGGCCCCUACUCUGUAGGGAAAUGUGUUGGGUUGCGGGGGAGGGAGGGAAGUGAUUAAAUACAGCAUCUUCUUAGAAAACCAA